AUUUUUGGAGGUAUGUUUCAAGGAAGUAAGUAAAGAAAUGACUUAUGGAUUUUAGUGGUUAAACCGAUUGUGGGGCUUACGAGGGCGAUGAUCAAGCAUAGUUUAGAAGUAGAGGGCUUACUUGAUGCAGUGGACAUUGUUGGAACAGGUGGUGAUGGAGCAAACACAGUUAACAUUUCGACUGGAGCUUCAAUACUUGCAGCAGCUUGUGGUGCCAAAAUUGCAAAGCAAGGAAAUCGUUCAAGUUCUUCGGCAUGUGGAAGUGCCGAUGUAUUAGAAGAGUUGGGGAUAGUUAUCGACCUGGAACCUGAGGGAGUUUCAAGCUGUGUGAAAAAAGCAGGCAUUGGAUUUAUGAUGGCUCCAACAUAUCAUCCAGCAAUGAAGCUUGUCCGCUCAGUCAGGAAAAAGCUGAAAGUAAAAACUGUAUUUAAUAUAUUGGGUCCUAUGUUAAACCCAGCAAGAGUACCGUAUGCUGUUGUGGGUGUCUAUGCAGAAGAUUUGGUCUUGAAGAUGGCUAAAGCAUUGCAGCGAUUUGGCAUGAAACGGGCAUUAGUUGUUCACUCAGAGGGCUUGGAUGAGAUGAGCCCCCUUGGACCUGGGCUAAUCCUUGAUGUUACACCAGAAAAGAUUGAGAAGUUCUCAUUUGAUCCAUUGGACUUUGGGAUUCCUCGGUGUACCCUGGAUGAGUUUCGAGGUAGAGGCCCAGAGUAUAAUGCCGAGGCACUAAAGCGUGUAUUGUCAGGGGAGAAAAGUUCGAUUGCAGAUGCAUUUAUAAAUCUUAAAUGCAGCAGCAGCGCUCUUGGUUAGUGGCAAUGUGAACUCUUUGGCUGAAGGGAUCGCUCUGGCUCGCGAGACUCAACUAUCAGGCAAAGCUAUCAAGACGCUCGAUCAGAGGAUAGAUGUGUUCUAU